AGAGAGGGUGGAGGGUCCCAGAGCCUGGGCUCCAGCCUGAGCUUGAAUGUCUACGCUGCAAUUUUUAGCUCCUCAGCCGAUGCCCCUCAAGUUCGAGCCAGCUGAUCUAGGGCAUGAGCAGGGCUCAUGGGGUACAUCUGAUUGACUAGUUCACAAUUAGUGAGGCAAGCUGCUGCGUGGUUGAUUACAUGCAGCAUAGUGAGAUGUUUACCCAACUGGCAAAUGAGAAACAGAGAAACCAAAUAUGUGGAGCACAAGGAAAAUAACGGGAUCUGAUGCUCUAGCCUCGACAUCUUCUGGAACUAUGCAUGCAUGAGUCAGCAUUUCCAGCAGGCUCCUAGAGCCAGUAAGGGGGAGGGAGAAGGGGAUUGAGGUAUGGUCUGAGGAGAGACAGUGGGGCCACAUGCUUCAUUAGUAUAGCUCCAUUGACUUCAGUGGAGGAGUGAUGUCUGAUUGACAGCAGCUGGUGAUGUAGUCUUCUGGCGUUCAGCCAAAACUUCUGGCCAUCAGUGGGUGUCAUAAAUAUAAAGGGAAGGGUAACAACCGUUUAUGUAGGCAGUAACAUAAAUCCCUCCUGGCCAGAGAUACAGAAUCACUUACCUGUAAGGGGUUAAUCAGUUCAGUUAACCUAGUUGUGUUUGUUUUGCGUGAGUAACAAGUGAAGGUAAGACUUGGACGUGGCUCUUCGAGGUGUGGGACAAACCCAGCUACACCCUCGGGUUACUACCCAAUCCAAAGUGGAUGAUGAUGAAUCUGUCUUGCACGUUUGCAGGAUGAUGAUAAAAAUCUAAUUUGGGAGCACACCCUCAUAGUGUUGUAAUGUCACAAUUUUGCCCCCCACAGGACAACUUACUCAUGCAAACUCCUCUUCCCCCAUCCCUUGCUCCCCGCCACCAACCCCCUCACAAGUGGAUGUCUGUCCUAGGCCCAGGGAAGACAUGGAGAUGUUGGCUCUGACGUUCACCUACCCAGCAUUUAAAUAGGGGAUGUGGGAUAGCAAAAGGGAAUCCAGUUCUGGGAUUAAUAUACCGAGCCACUGUAACAUCCUUCAGUGGGAGCUGAGUCCUAGGCUGGAUGCUGGGAUCUUCACAAACAGCUCUUGGAUUAAUGGUGCCUUUGGAGUGGUGCCGGCAAUAGCUGGAGAGGUGUUUAUAACAGAGUGACUUCUGGGGUCACAGAUAUCUACACCCCUGUGUUCCCUGCUUUGUGCUCCGCCUUGAUUGUGGUAAGUAUUUACCUAGCCCAGUGCAUCGAGUCAGUCUUGUGGUUGAAUCACAGUUGAUCUUAGUUCUGUCCCUGACACUGAUAUGGACUUCCUUUGGGACUGUGGACACCUCACUUAAUCCCUCUGUGCUUCACGUUCCUCAUCGUAAAAUAGGGAUAAAAAUCUCUCCCUUGGGUAUGUCUGUUAAUGUUCUUAACAGCAGUUUGAGCCCCUCAGAUGGAAGGUUUAUGACAGUGCUAUAGACGGAGGGUGCAAUAGAAAUAAAAACUAAGUCUUAUCUAGAGUUUCCUAGAUCUCAGAGCACUCUACAUAGGUCAAUAUCGCUAUCCCCAUUUUAUAGAUAGAGAAACUGAGGCACAGAAAGACGUGACUGGCCUAAGAUCACCCAGCAGACUAGCAGAGCCAGGUUAUAGAAUGUAGGUCUACUGAGUCCCAGUCCAAUGCACUAUCCGUUAGGCUACACUGCCCGGUUCAGUGUUAUCACUGCUGCACAGACAUUCCUGUUACUUGCUUUCAGAUAGUGUCCUCUAAGCAGAGGCCAUUCUCUCCGGCUCUCUUCCCAUCCUUCUGCUGAGCAUGUGUUUAUGAAACCUGUCACCACUGCACCCUGCAACAGUUGGAAAAUGUCCUCUCACAAGUCUUGGUCCCUUUUUACAGAGGGGCGCAGGGCCUGAGAUUCUUGGAUUCUAGUCCAUCAAUCUUUUUUUAGCAUGUUCAAAGCAGAGAGAGCAGCCAAACUGUGUCAUCGCCCCAGGCAGGGGGCUUCUUAGUUGGAAUGUUUUUGGCCGAGUUUUGGUGUUCUGACUCAGCAGACCAUUCAGCUCUGAUGUUGCAACAGCCAAAAAAUAAAGGGCACAGCAAAGCCUCCCUUUAUUCCCUAAUCCUGUUUGCUUUUCUAGAAACAAUCCCUAGCCAUAGAAUCACUGACUCAAUUCUUGGAUCCCAUUCUCAUGACAAAGCGAAUGUCUGGUACAAAAGGAGCCUUAUAAAAAGAGGCCCCCAGAUUCUGGGUCUUUGCAGUUGCUUCUGGAAUUCCUGCAGCAGUUGGGGUGUAGUGCCUAGAACGGAAAAUGUCCAAAACAGGAAUCAGGAUCACUUUCUACGAAGACAAGCAUUUCCAGGGCCGUCGCUAUGAGUGUGACAGUGACUGCCCUGAUUUUCACACCUACCUAAGCCGCUGCAACUCCAUCCAAGUGGACGGGGGUGCCUGGGUUGUCUAUGAGCGGCCUAACUUUGCAGGGAACAUGUAUGUUCUGACCCAUGGCGAGUACCCCGAGUACCAGCGCUGGAUGGGCCUUAAUGACCGCCUCAGCUCAUGCAAAGCCAUUCACUUAUCCAGUGGAAGCCAGCACCGCAUUCAGAUCUUUGAGAAGGGGGACUUUGGUGGCCAGAUGUACGAAUCUACAGAGGACUGCCCUUCAGUCAUGGACGAGUUCCACAUCCGGGAAAUCCAUGCCUGCAAAGUGCUGGAGGGGGCCUGGGUAUUCUAUGAACACCCCAACUUCCGGGGCAGGCAGUACCUCUUGGAGAAGGGGGAGUACCGCAAGCCCGUUGACUGGGGGGCUGUGUCCCCCACUGUCCAGUCCUUCCGCUGCAUUGCAGAGUGAGGGGUGGGGCAGCUCCCCCUUUGCUAGGGAAAUUGCGUGGAGUCUGUGAAUAAAGCAAGUGGCUGAUGCA